GUUUUUGCCAGAGAAUCGCAAUGGGUGUUUCUCACUCAUCCGAACUCCAAAUGAGGUGCCUCUUGUUCUCAAUUACUCCUCUUGACUUCCUUCACACCUCCAUGAAGUUUCAUCCCAUUCCCAUAAUCAUGGAACGAGUUAUAGCCUUCGGAAGCUUCAGCUAAUUACGACAAUGCCACUGCUUCCUUGGCUAAGUCAAGCCCUUGGGUAAACCAACGCCAAAUGACCCCAAACUUGGUGAGCAUAUACAAGGCCCUUCUAGGAACAAGGCUUUAACCUGAAAUCCCUAGAUUCCAAUUUUAGCUCCAGAACGCACGACGCUGACAUUCGUUGCCGUACGUGGCCGAGCCCAGGGGUAGUCCUUGGGCUUCUCCCAAGUCCUUGUCAAACAUCUUUGGCACUCAUGGCCUAUGUCAUGCAACAUCUCUAGGUGGUUGUUGCCUCUUGCCAUGCCCCUUUGCCCAAUUGCCUACUUUAGUCCAGUGUCAGCACAGCCGCCUCGUGCUGACACUCAUGCAGCCCAUCAGGGAUGCACUUGGCCAUGCCCCAAACUCUGGGGCGCAACAGUACCAAUCUGUUAAAUAUUAAAGUGGAGGGAAAACCCUUCCAAAAUGUUCACUCUUCUCAGCUAUGGGGAAAGUAACAACUUACAAAUCUUACAUUACACCAAAUAGGACAUAUGGUCCCUUUAUUUCAUGGUUCAAAGUCCAACACAGAUGAUUCUUUUACAGGGAAAAAUUCAAAUGUUAAAUGCCUGCACUAUUAUCCAUAAGCUCUUAGACAGAGGGAGAGAGACAGGUCAACAAGAAAAUGGCUUUGAAAGAGCAAAUGAAUAAGAAAGACUUUUCGAACUUGGUUCCCCAAGAACACAUAUUUUAUAGUGAGUUCCCUGCCUUCAACGUUCAAAUAACCCUCUUGUCCUAUUAUAAUUAUACACACAGAUAGGUGUUUCUUUAUUGCUAUAGUAUUAACAAAAGGAAUAAAAAGAAGAAAAAGUUGCAUCUUAGGAGAAGAAUUUGGAGUUUCGCUGAACAUCUAUAGUAAACAAACAUCCCAGAGACCAAGACUAAAGUUGUUGGAACCUUUGUUCAUAUAAACUCUUUUAUUAAGAAGCUGAAAUGCCAAGAUUAAGAGGAUCAGACAUGCCUCAAAGGCAAUCACCUCGAGUCCCUUCGCUACUCAGAACAUUAAGCUCUGAUUCUGAUAAGAGAAGUCCUAAAGUAGGAGAUCGUAAAUCUCCACGAGGCGCUCAAUCUGAUCAACAAAAUCAAAGGAAACUUGGUACAAGAAUUGCAGAUUUGGAUACCCAACUUGGGCAAGCACAAGAAGAGCUCAAAGAUCUUAAGGACCAGUUAGAAUCAGUUGAAACAGCAAAAAAAGCAGCUCAAGAACAGCUUGAGAAAACCAAGAAAUCUACUGUCCCGGAGCCUGAGGAAAUCCAAGAAGUUGAUGUUUUUGAAGUCCCAAAUGGUGAAAUUAGCCAGCCCAUUAAUGAAGAUAAGCAAAAGAUCACAACUUUAUCACCUGUUGAACCAGAGAAACCAUCACAUGAGGAGAUGGCUUUGAAGAAUGAAGAAAUAAGCUUGUUGAAAGCAAAGUUGGAAGAGAAAGAAAAAGAGUUUCAAGUAUAUUUCCAAGAAAAUGAGAACCUGAAGAAGGAACUAAACGAAAAGACUCUGGAAAUCUCAUCCGCUAAAGCAAAAACAGAGGAAAUGAACCUCAAGUUCAACCAAGUUACUCAAGAACUUGAAACAACCAAGAACGACACUUCAAAAAUAAACGAGAAGCUCACAGUCACCGAGAAGGAAAAGGAGGAAUUAGAAAGUGAGAUGAAGAAACUCCGAGUUCAAACAGAACAAUGGAGGAAAGCUGCAGAUGCUGCAGCAGCCGUGCUGGCAGGGGAAGUGGAGAUAAAUGAGAGAAGGCGGCUUUCUGAGAGGUGUGGAUCAAUGGAUUAUAAGCGUUACGGUAAUAUAUUUGAACCAACAGUUGGAGGAUAUGGUUGUUACAUGGGUUCACCAGGUCCUAUCGAUGACUCCGACGAUGGUUUUGGACAUGUGAAGAGAAAAGGCUCCGGUAUUAAGAAGUUCGGAGACCUGUGGAGGAAGAAGGGCCAGAAAUAAGUCAAGACUUCUCUACAAUAGUCAUCCUCUAUAACAACAUUUCACUAUAACAACCACGUUUUCUGUGGAACCGAUCUUUCAUGUUAUGUUGUAUUAUAUGUUCUCUAUAACAAAGAUUUCGCUAUAGCAACAAAAAAAUUAUCAAAACAAACGAUGUUGUUAUAGGGAGAUUUGACUGUAUUCCCGAAAACACAAAAAUACUUCUAGCAAAAAUGGUUACUCACCAUUUCAAUUUUCUUGGCUAA